GCAACGCAACUCUCUCUUUGUGCUGGCCGCCCACCGUAAGGCAGUCGCUACACCUCCUUUGCAAAGCACCGGCACCGUUGUCGUGGGAGAACUAAGAAGGAGCACCAUCUGCUUCUCCUGCUGUACGUUGCGCGUCCCUCACGGCUGUGUCACCUCGAGCGGCACACCGUCCUCGUCGCACCGCGGCCGUUUCUUUCUCUCUUUCUUUCUCUCUCUGUGUGAGUGUACGUGCGCUAUGCUAAAGAAGGUGCUGAAGAUAAAAGGCGUGGAGGGCCGCACCGCGCUGACGGAGUUCGCCGUCAACAAGCGCGUCAAGUUUCUCGAGUACCUGAUCGAGCUGCACAGCGAGGAGGGGACGCUGUGGAUGAACACAAUGCAGCUGAAUCUCUCCGAUAUCGGAAAGUACUUCAACAUCGCCCAGACGUGCCUGCCGACGGAUCGGCUGGAGUACAGCACGGCGGGCCUCAUUCGGCUGCCUGCGGAGCGGGGCGCUACGGCGGCACUCCGCAGCGUCAGGCCGACCUCUUCGAAGAGCAGUUCACUAGGCCAGCAAAGUCCUUCGCCGGACCCUCCAGCGGCGUCGUCGGCAUCCGCCGUGCCUGGUGGUUCAACGUGCGACAGCGGCGGCGACUUCCUCACCAUCUCAAUUGCGAACGCACCCGCCGCCAUUCAACAGCGCAGCGGCUCCGCUGCGGACUGGACGCGCUCCUACCUCCCUUGCUACGCCGCGCUGGCGAUCUCGCUGUCGGAGAUUCUACUCAUCCCGAUUGGUGGGGAUGACUUCGUCGAGUGCUUCUAUGGACUCUUGGUGGAGCUGGAUGUGGCCUACGCGGGCGGUCCGGCCACGAAAGCGCUGGCGCAGCGCAGCUUGAAGGGCUUCCGACAGCAUUUAUCCCCAAAUUUGAAGUCUCUCUUGCAGACUUACAUGGACGCAGUGGUGGAUGGAGCUGCGCCGGCCUCCCCGUCCGCUGCCCCCAUCUCGGCCACCGCAUCGGCGGACAUUGAGUCGCAGAUUAAGUAUUUGUUUCUCGAUCAGCGACAGCUCGACUACACCGCCGCGCCCCCCUCGUACGACGCCGUCAUCCCCGCGCUGUGCUCCGUGUUGAUGUUUGCGUAUCGCAAGCUGUGCGAUUACGAGCUGGUGAGGGACGAGGAGUGCGUGAAGCGAAUUCUUUCCAUUGACAAGCGACUGGAGCGCUUGUUUUUUAAGCGCAUCGUCCAUGAGCUGGAUAAGGUCGCCAACUACAAACUGCUGCGUGAGGCGUUCGUCCUGUCCACCGGUGCGCUCUUCGCCGAGCUGGGCGUCGUCGGUCGUGGCGGUACUGCCAGCGGACUGGGCGAAGGCGCUGACUUUGUGUCGAACCUGGUGCAGCAGCAGCAGCAGCGGCAGCAGAAUGUGUCGAGCCCCUCCUCCCCAGGUAAGAAGGCGUUCGACUCCUCCGACGAUGAGGAGGACUCGGCGUCGGGAUCGUCGAAUGAUGACGAGCGAGCGUGA